GGCAGUUUGACCCAGCCACCCUUAUAACUGGCUUUCUUCAUGGUUCUCUAAAAAUUAAGGCUUUCCUUGCGAGACGAGAAUCUUCACCACCUGAAUCAUGAGUGCCGGUGCCCGUCGUCAGUCCCCUCUCUCUCCGUUACUGGACCUGGAUCAGGAUUUGGACCUGGAUCUGGACACUCAUUACCAGCUUGUGCAUCUCACUGCUGAUAUCAUGAUGCUACUUAACUAUCUUCGCAGCAACCCCCCUAAGAAUAGAGAUCCGGGGUUCCCCCCUCUUCUUCGGUACAGAAUCUGCCCCACGAACGUGCGUGUUGACGCCUCUACACAGUCAGACCCAGAACCCCCCUCUAGCUUCCAAUCCGAGGAUGAUGAUCUCAUAACUGAGGUUGUAGAGACCAUGUUAAAUGCUAGAGCACCAUCCACAAGGAAACUGUACACGCUCAAGUGGUGGCUUUUUGUCUUGUGGUGUGAGGAACGUCAGCUAGACCCAGUGAAUUGCACAAUAGCUACAGUCCUGGAGUUCUUACAAGAACAUUUCUCAGGAGAUUUGGCUCCUUCUACAAUCAGGGUUUACGUGGCCGCCAUUUCGACCAGCCACAGCCCUGUUGAUGGAGCCUCUGUGGGGCAACACCCUCUAACUUCGACGUUCAUGCGUGGUGUCAGACAGCUGAGGCCCAUCUGCAGGGCGCGAAUACCUUCCUGGGACCUUUCUGUGAUCUUGGAAGGUCUGUCAGGGGCCCCAUUUGAGCCCUUAGAGUCAGCCUCUGGGAAGCUUCUGACUCUAAAAGUAGCUCUUCUACUGUCCCUGACAUCUCUCAAGCGAGUGGGAGAUCUACAAGCUCUCUCGGUUGCCCCCUCCUGCCUUGACUUUGCCCCUGGACUAGCCAUGGCCUUCCUGUAUCUUAGGCCAGAUUAUAUUCCUAAAGUGCCUACAUCGGCUGCCCACCCUGUGGUGUUGCAGGCUUUCUGCCCUCCUCCAUUCCUCACACCGGAACAAGAGAGGAUGCACCUGCUGCGUCCAGUAAUGGCUCUCUGUACUUACGUCCACCGCUCCUGCCAGUGGUGUAAGUCGGAGCAGCUGCUAUUCUUCUUUGGUGGCAACAGUAAAGGUGAUGCUGUGUCAAAGCAGAGCAUCUCUAACUGGAUAGUGGAAGCAAUCUCUAUGGCUUACGAGGCACGUGGUCUCGCCACGCCUCUGGGCAUAAGAGCUCAUUCCACUAGGGCAGUCGCCUCCUCAAAGGCUUUGUUGAAAGGGGUAUCCUUGCAGGAUGUGUGUGCGGCUGCAGGGUGGUCUACGCCACACACAUUCAUUCGUUAUUACAGCCUG